AUGAAGAACAAGGUGGCUAUAGAUCUCGGGGCGAGGGGGAGGGUGGCGGAGAUCCAGUUCGAAGACGAAGCGGAGGGAACCUUCGGGGUCGGCCCCAUCACCGUCAGAUUCCUCAACAGAUUCUCCGGACACGCACUGGGUCGUUCUGCAUUCUCGGAUUCCUCAUGGCUCAGAAAACUGUUCUGGCUUGUUGUCUUCUUCAUCGCUUUAGGCUAUAUGAUAUACGGAAUCAUAGACACCUUGGACGUCUACAUGUCUGGACCAACGAUGACAACGACAAAGAUGGAGGUGAAGGAAAGUCUCCCGUUCCCAGCCGUCACGAUCUGCCCCAACACGCCUCUUCUGAAAAACCUGAGCGACGAUCCGAACAUCUCCCCUGUCCUUCAGCCGCUCUUGAAGAUCAAUGAAGCAUUUGAGAGGAUGCUCAAGGCGCUGCUGUUGCGGGAGGAAUCAUGGAAUCAGCCGGCGGCAGGCGGGGCCUCUCUCGUUGAGGAUACGGUAUACAAGAAGGACUCGAACGGGAUGCAGGAGACUUGCGUCAAACCUUUUGCCGAAUUGUCCCGAAUCAAUGUCCCGAGGGCGAAGAUGCAACUCCAGAAAUUGGUCCAAUCCAGUAAUUACACACUGGAGGACUUCCGGGAAGAUUCGAGAAAUUACUGGAGAAACUAUGUUCUUGACGUCUCUAACUCGAUGCGCUACUGCACUUUCAAUAGGAUUCCUUGCAGCGUAGGUGACUUGAAAUACUCGCCAACGAAAACAUAUGGAAGUUGCGUGACCUUCAACCCCAACGCAGACAAACUCGUCCAGCGUCCGGCCACAGACGAUUUCAUGAGGAACAAUGGAUAUGGCUCCAGAGAUCCGGAAUUCUUCAAGGGCACGAAGCCUUCGGAGGGUCUUCAACUGGUUCUGACAUCGUACGCCUCGAACAGCGUGCUUCUUCUCUCGGGAGCCGAGGGGUUCAGGCUUGGAAUUCAUCAUUCUAAUGGCAAUUCCGAUCCUUUCGAGCAAGGAUUUGAUGUGAACUUCCAAAAGGUUUCAAACGUUGGGAUCCGGAUGGUGGAGUUCGAGCGAUUGCAUCCCGACGCUGGAGGGGAUUGUGCCAUGGAUUCUUACCUCAUCGAGCGAUUCGACCCUAAUAUAUUUAAUGUUCCCAGUGGAACGAAAUAUUCCAAGGAGCUUUGUUUGGACAUGAGCUUUAGCCGUCGCGUAAUGCAGGUCCUUGAAGACGGCCAAGACUGCCUCCUGAAGGAACGCUAUGCUCUUCUUCUGAAGGCAGACGGAAGCACGUCCCAUGAAUGCAAUCUAACACGAUACGGUUUUGAUGCCAUUCGACACUGUUGGGAGAAAUACCAANGGAACAAUGGAUAUGGCUCCAGAGAUCCGGAAUUCUUCAAGGGCACGAAGCCUUCGGAGGGUCUUCAACUGGUUCUGACAUCGUACGCCUCGAACAGCGUGCUGCUACUCUCGGGAGCCGAGGGGUUCAGGCUUGGAAUUCAUCAUUCUAAUGGCAAUUCCGAUCCUUUCGAGCAAGGAUUUGAUGUGAACUUCCAAAAGGUUUCAAACGUUGGGAUCCGGAUGGUGGAGUUCGAGCGAUUGCAUCCCGACGCUGGAGGGGAUUGUGCCAUGGAUUCUUACCUCAUCGAGCGAUUCGACCCUAAUAUAUUUAAUGUUCCCAGUGGAACGAAAUAUUCCAAGGAGCUUUGUUUGGACAUGAGCUUUAGCCGUCGCGUAAUGCAGGUCCUUGAAGACGGCCAAGACUGCCUCCUGAAGGAACGCUAUGCUCUUCUUCUGAAGGCAGACGGAAGCACAGAGAAUUUCGCCUUGGUGAACGUUUACUACCAGAGCAUGGCGGUGGAGAAAGUUGUAGAGACUCUCAUGUACCCAUGGUCGAACUUCAUUGGCACGUUGGGAGGCUUGAUUGGACUCUACAUGGGAUUCUCCAUGAUCUCCCUCCUGGAAGUACUGGAGUGGAUUAUGGACAUGCUCCUUUACGGUUGGAGGAAACCUCGGAACGACAGGAUGGGACCGAAGCGAAGUGUCAUCAUCACCUGGAAUGACACCCUGGAAACGGACAGGGAUAUUGGAGACGGGGGACACUCUGAAUGAAGUCCGUUCUUGAGGAGAUCCAACUGUCAGCACUCGUCAAUCACUGGCGGAAACCUUAGUAUGC